UCCCCGGACAAUGUCCAUACAAAUGUAGAUUCAAGGGCACAAGGUUGAAUUGUUUCCGUUCCGCUAAUCAAAGCGUUGUGUACCGGAUUGGUGUGGCGUAGUGUAACUCAAACCCCUAUCCGAUAUGAAAGUUACUCCGCUCCGAUAGCAAUCCGGUAUAGUGCAACUGGCAUCUCAAAUACCAUUAACAAUGUGCAAAUGUAUCUUUAACUACUCGGGUAUCUUUUUAAUUAAAUGAUAUAGCAGUCGAGAUGACUCAUUACUUUGUAACAGUGUAACUCUAGCCUAAGAAUGCUUAACGUCCAUAAAAAAUCUUUAGAAAUCUUUAGAAAUUCCCAAGAAAUCCAUAAAUCCAUGUCAAAUCUGUUCAAAAAUCCGAAAAUCCCAAUCAAGAUUUUGGGGAUUUUAGAAAUCCCGAAAAUCUCGUACGCUAUUCCAGGUAGUGAAAUGCCCCUCGGUUGGAGCUGGCCUAGACGGAGCUGUGGCGCUGCCGCUAUCAAGAGACAUUGUGGGAUACAAGCCUAUUUACAUCCCUAUAAACAUUCAAACUCAAGUAGAGAAUCAAUAGCAAAAAUCCGGCGAAGGUUAAGACAAUUUAGAAUAUUGUCCCUGCUUAGGUGUCACGUUGGAAUAGCUUAUAUUUAGAUAUGCUUUAUGUAAUUUGUAUUUUUACUAGUGUACACGUCUUUUCAACUGCACAAUAAAUAUAUAUAUAUUUAUAUAUUUAUAUUUACAUAUUUAUAUAUAUUUAUAUAUAUAUAUCUAUGGCAAAAUUAUAGUACGACAAGUAUUACUUGUCUGUUCGUUCACUUUGUCUUUGUCUUUGGUGAAUUCAAUUUCGCAUAGAGAGUUCCAACGUUCGAGAGUGAUCUUUUGCAAUUUCGUGAGGGUUCCUUGCAUACAUUCGAACAAUACUGAGAGUUUCAACUCAAAAAAUCAUAAAAAAUAAAGCUAUACAAACGGGUUUGGCCCCAGCCUUAAGCCCCAGGACACGUGUCGUGAGCAGCAAAGUGCCACCGCAAUUUCUUACAGAAUUCUAACAUCGACAGGUCUUAACUUUGAUGGUGAAAUAUGCACGGAGAUGUAUUAUUAAUGUACCGUUCAGUCUCAUUAAUUCUUCCAGCAGUGAAUCUUUUCAUAAUAAGAGAUUGGUUCACUUUUGCUGUUCCAUCGGCAACCUUUCAACAAUGCCCCCUGUUUUUGAAAGAAGCUAAUAUCUUUGUCCAUCGUGCGGUGCUAGCAUCUGUAAUUUUCCCACUCACGAAGCAGAUGGCUUUUUAGGUCUUAUGAAUUGGAGAAGGUCAAGACAGUUUCAAACUUCAUUCGAGUUCAGAAAGUUAACCGUAUUAUAUACACAGGGCUGUUGCAAACCCAAGGUCAACGGAAUAUUGGAGAGCUUGGCCAGGUUGAAAUCGAAGAAUUCUGCGGUACCAUCAAAUAGCACGAAAGGAUAUGAAUAGCAGCAUAAAUAAAUCUAGCGACACCAGUGGGGAUAUCAAUUUUACCGGUUCAUGGCUAUCAGUAAUAAGCAUAUCAUUGUCACUGACAACUGUAGUUAUUAAUCUAUCAGUGCUACUCAUUUUAGCCGUUUACAAACGAUCACGACCUCAGGGUUCAGUUUUCAUCAUCAACUUGAUCGCAUCGGACCUAUUCUUCCCGACUUUUGAUAUCAUUUCAUACACAAACUCUCGCAGAUCCACCUCGAACACUGAUCUUUCCAAAAGCAAUUGCAGCGUCUACGUGUUCGUGUUUCUGUUUGCCACAUUUGCUUCAACAGGGAACAUUAUUAUGGUCACCUUAGAUCGUUACGUGGCUGUAACUCGUCCUUUCAAGUAUAAAGACAUUCUUUCCACAAGCCGCAUUGCUCUAUUAAUAGUGUCUAACUGGGUAAUUGCUGGCACACUGUCUAGCAUUGGCAUGACAAGCAGGCAGACACAAAUACCAGGAGGCGAGUGCCUUAUCUAUCAAGUUUUAUGCAAACUUGUCGCUCUUUUUAUCUGCUUCGUCCUUGUCCUGGCAUUCGUUGUCCUACUUGCAGCCUACUGCGUUAUAGCUAAAGAGGUGAGGAGCAAUUUAAGGAGAACUCGGCCUGUCUUGCAGGGAAGAUUCGAAAACACGAACUCGGCUGCUGAUACAGUGCGGAAAUUCCCCUCACGCGAAAAUAGUAGUUACGCGAGACACAUGGAGCAGCAGCAAUGCAACGAAAGAGAGGACAAUGAUAAAAACGUGAACGAAACGGCUAGAAAGAGUCGCAGUAUAUGCGUAGGACAAGAUGAUCGAGCAAUUAAUGAUACAAUUUUGCUAUUUCAAGCUUCUAGCAGUAAAAGAAACACAGUUACAAAAGCAGAUAUGUUUGAUGUACUGAAUCAACAGUCAAAAGAAGAAGUACAGUGCAAAAUGCCAAAUGAGACAAUUAAAUCUCUUACUAACCAAAACAACAAUUCACCCAAUUGCAAGACUAGCACAGUCCGUGGAAAGGAUCAAGUUUCUAGGCUUCAGAGGAAUAUUUCUACAGAUAAACAUCUUCACAGGUUCAAGAAUCCUGAAGACUUCAAAGGGUUAGACGAUGAGAAUGCUUGCGGCAAUUCCACUGACAGUAAAAUUAAGCAAAAGCGAUCUUUUUAUGCGGAGAAAGGCAGCGAAAAAAGAGAACCGACCAGAAUGGAUGCUGCUCUUAGGUGGCGUAGAAUAAUCAAGAGUAAAAAUCUUGUGAACAGUACAAGAACACGAGAGACAUUAUCAACGCAUUCCAAGCAAAGUAAUGUAAUACAAAGGUCAGGUUCUCUGUCAGAAGGAAAAACAAAAGUUGAAACUGAACACAUCGAGGUUCAAACAGCAGAGAAGUUGGUUUUAAAUAUGGAAAGGAAGAAUCUGAAUCAGGAUGAAAGCCCAAUGUGCAUUGUAACUGGAGCCUCGUGGAUGGUGGAGCAAAAUCCAUCUUGUGACAAAGAACUCGUCCCAAGGCCGCAGUUCCAAGGACCGUCAAACCUGCCGAUGCUGAAGGGUACUAAAGAUAUUUUGUCAUUUCAUACAUUAAGUCACCGCUCGUUCUCAGUUCCAAAGGGCAGUCACGACAAUCAAGUAAUGGAAGAGGCUUUGCAAGGUCCUGCACAAGGCCGGAAUAGCUUUCCAAACAUCAACCAAGGUGUUCUUUGUAUUUCAGAUGCCCCGCUUAGUAUAACACCGACUGUUCUGAUACAAAAAGGACCAAAAGUCUGGGAGCCAUCGCGUGCCAGUGAAAUAGAAGACCAGAAAAUUACUGAUAAGUCCUUUGUGAAGGAUAAAUCCUCUGCGAAGGAAAAGCGCCAGGACUACACCGCCAAUCGUGGAUCAAAGAAUAUAGAGGAAGCUGGCGAAAUUUUUAUCGUUACGUACAACAAGAGACUAAAGUUUGAAACGGGAAGCAGAGCUGGAGUAAAUGAGGAGAAAAUUGUAUCCGGAUAUGUUUCCGAUUCACAAACGGACAAUGUGAACAUUAGAAGAAAGUACUCGAUUUCAAAUGGCAUUGUCGAAGGGUUGAAAAUAUCAAUUGUCGUGUCUAAAGGGAGAAGAGGAAACCAGAAGACGAUUCACGCGGCUGCAGCAGUUUUGGGCAUUUUUCUUCUUAACUGGACUCCGCUAAUAUUCUGCUUGAUACUUAAACUGAACAACAACAGCCUUUCAGGACAAGGAGAGACGCUCGCCCAUUUUGCCAACUUGUGCGUGCAUAUAAAUGCACUCUGUAACCCGUUUCUCUACGUUGCUCGCACAAGGGGAUUCAAAUCGGUUCUUGCAAAGAUCAGAAACAAGCUUGUGGGAUUUGAAAUUGUUUAGUUCGUUCAACAGGGACGAAUAUUCUGGGGGUGCGAGGGUGUAGUUCUCCCUCUCUUAAUGUUCUUGGAAUUUUGCUUUAAUUCGGUAAAGUAAUUUUUUUAACUUACUAUCUUCUAAACCUUAUAGUUAAAGAUGGUAUUGUAAAAAGUGGCGUUUCCAUCAUUUUUAAGGCAUCUGUAGGGUGUGGCAUUAAAAUCCAAUCAUUAUCAAACACCCCACCCACAUCAUUGUAUCUAAAGUCCGUCCCUAAAAGUCGUUCACUUUGCACAAUGCGCAUUGAAAAUCAUUCUGAAGUCCGAUACUUGUCGUCGUCAGUUCAAGUAGAAGUUAGUCAGGUCAAGUUGAAGAAAAACAAAUAACAAGAUGUCUCUUUUUGUUGCGAUACUGGUCAUCUGUUUUAUCAGUAAGCAUUCGGAAGUCUUAACGAAUUCUCGUUGCAUAACUGUUACGAAUUAUCGUUGCAUAACUGUAGACUGGUACCACGUCCUCCCCAGUUCUCGGCAGGGUCAAUUUCGUCCUUCUUCUAAAUCCGAAGGGAAAAUGUUGGGGAGGGGUAAUAUUUUGGCAACGUACUUUUUGUGAUGUAAUUUUAUGGCUUUGAAACUGCCUUUACGCAGCCAAAAUUUAGUCAUUGGCGUUCCCUUUAAAGUGAAAUAGGCGUCCCUUGUUGGUUUUGUGAAACCUCCUUUGUUGGGAACUUGUCUCUGGU